AUGCAUGGGAAAGUAAUCGGUCUGCACAUGAGCAAACAAUUUGUUGACGGAAUCGGACCAGUACGAGGAGGGGAAAUAUCUAAACUCAGCAACGGCUUCGAUUCUUGGCCAAAGUCUAAACUCAGCAACGGCUUCGAUUCUUGGCCAUUCGGCUAUGUGGUAGAGUGCCACUCUAAACUCAGCAACGGCUUCGAUUCUUGGCCAGUCGGCAACCGUGUCAGCAACGGCUUCGAUUCUUGGCCAAAGUCUAAGACUCAGCAACGGCUUCGAUUCUUGGCCAGUCGGCGCCAGUCUAGUCUAAACUCAGCAACGGCUUCGAUUCUUGGUAACCGUGUCAGUCGGGUAUGUCGGAGAGUGCCACUGUCCACUGUUUCUCUAGUACGUAGUCUAAACUCAGCAACGGCUUCGAUUCUUGGCCAAGCUUUGAGUUCGUUGCACCUUGAGGUCUUGAAUUCUCUUCCAGUCGGCUAUGUCGGAGAGUGCCACUGUUUCUCCUUUGUUCGAGCUUUAAUUUCGUUGCACAUUGAGGUCGGUCUCUCCUAUAAGUUCGUUGCACCUUGA